AAUAGGGUGGACUGGCAGGGGACGUGUUCCCAGCACAACCAUGCAAGGCAAGAAGGUGACUCGAGAACUCUAUGCUGGGGCACACUGCCAUCACAAUGGCUUGAGCCGGAACGGAGAGCCUAUUGUGCAUCGAAGUUCAUCAGUUGCACCUCACUCCAUCUUGAGAGCAUAGGCGUAGGCGCUGCCAACUUCAAUGCAAUCGUCUCACAAGCAGGUUUUGCGGAAGAUGCGCUGUGCGUCGUUCAUCCUGAUGUCACUUGCUUUCAUGUGACACUGCCUUGCCGCAAGGUACCACAAUCACGGUAAGACUUACGUUGCUCAGCAUCAAGAGCUCUUCCCCAUCUCCUCAAGAGUCCUCUCAACUUCUUUCAUCCCACAAACAACAGCAGAAGAACAAGACCGCCACCAUGUCCGGCCGUCCAUUCUUGACCGACGAACUAGGCACAGGCCUCCGAACAGCCCAAGUCCUAGGCCUCACAGCCUCCGCUUUCCUCGCAGGCAAAACCUUCGCAGCAUCCUACAACGCUGCCCCAGCUCUCCUCCAAGCUCCCGCUCCUCUGCUCGCCAAACAAUGGCAAAUCCUCUUCACCCGCGACAAACUCCUCGCUCCCAUCAUCAGCCUCUUCUCUAGCGGAACAUUCGCUUGCCUCGCCUACCGCGACCAAACCUGGACCAAGCCCGCAAUCCUCUACACCACAGCCUCUUCUCUCCUCUUGGCUCUGAUUCCAUACACUUACCUUCUCGGGGAGCCGGUCAACAAGAAGCUUGAAGAGAAGGCACGCACGCUCAAAGCUGAGGAGGCACCAGGUGUGAAGAGAGAGGAAUCUGUACAUGGAUUGGUGGAUACGUGGGCUUCCGUGAAUUUCGGACGCGCGGUUGUGAGUUUUGUGGCCAGUGCUGCGGCGAUUUGGGCGGCGGUCGAGAGACCAGGUGUUGUGCCUGCAAGUGCGACAUUGGCAACUGGGGCAAACAGGAUGGGCAACUAAACUAGAAGGCCAAACAAUAUGGUAGAGCAGCACGGAGAAACCACCAAUUCCCGAAGCACAUUAGAAGUCUUACAAAUGAAAUCAUGUCCUUGAAGGGACACAUGCUCUACACAACAUCACCACCACCACCAC